UGACGACAAGAAGCUCUCGGGACGAUGGCGAUGGAGAACCGACUGGCGACGCGCGAGGGCGGCAACUCAAACCUGCCGCGGGUCGGCGGCGUGGCCGGCGACAACGACAACGAGGACGAGAAGGUCUACUACGGCUUCGGCGUCUUCAUGGGGCUGCCGCUGGCCGACCUCAAGGCCAUGAAGGACGACUUCGUGGAGCAGCAGGCGUUCACGGGCGGCCCCCCGCGGCGCGCUCUUCCGUCCUCCGCCGUGAUGGACGGACGCACGCACCGCGUGGAGGACGAUGAAAGUGGAGGCUACGACCGGCAGGGGGACGCGCGCAUGGGGGCGUCGCACGCGCAGCAGCAGCAGCACGCGCGCAAUAACGGCUACGAGCGCCAGCGCGGUGACGGCCAGCAGCGCGAGUACGCGGGCGAGCGGGGUGCCAGGUACGGUCAGGGACCGCCGAACGGAGCUGAGCGCGGCGACCGCGGUGAUGACGACGGAAACAUGGACAGCGACGAAGGCGACGAAUUCGACCAGAAGUCGCACUCGCUCAACUUCAUCCUGCACUAGGUAGAGACAUGUGAAGGCUUAGGAGGAAGAGGAGAGAGUGUAGCCGAGCAGGAUACAUGUAAUAUAUAGAGGGGCUUUCACCGCUC